AUGCAACAACGGAGCCCCCGGCUGACGGGCGUGCGCUACCAAAGGAAGCCAGGCACAUUCAGCUGCAACCGCUUCCACCCAAGUUGCCAGUCAGGGGUUGCUACUCCCCCCGCCGCCUCUGACUCAGCCCACCUGGGACCUCCUUGGCAUCGCCGAGGGCUGCGCGUCUGGGACGCGCUGUUGCUGUUUUGUCUUCUGUUUUUAUUGACACCUGCAAGUAUGGAGGCAUUCCUCCGUCCCGCGUCUGCGUACCCUCCUCUUCUUCAGGCUCUCCAAAAAGGGCCUCUGAAGGUCUCCCUGGUUGGCUCCGGUAAUUGGGGAACUGCAGUUGGGAAGAUCGUCGCCUCAAAUGCGAAAAAUUCGCACAUAUUCAAUACAGAUGUGGGGCUCUCAUACUCUCCCAUGUGGAUCUGCAGAGCGUGCCGAGAACUGAGGAAAGCUAAGCUACUGCCGCCACAUUGCCGGGCCAUAUCGCUCAUUAAGGGUAUUGGUGUCAGGAAUGGUUGGCCUUUGACCCUGACACACGAAAUCGGUUCUAUAUUGGACCUGCCGAAGCCAUGUGUCCUUUCGGGCGCAAAUGUGGCUAACGAUGUUGCCGCUGAAAACUUCGCGGAGGCGACUAUUGGCCAUGCAGACGGUGAGACCGAGACGGCAGCGUUGUGGCAAUUGCUUUUUGACAGACCUAACUUCAAGAUUAACGUUCUCCCAGAUGUUGACGGCGUCGAGGACACGCUGUACGACAGCGCAGGCUAUGCUGAUGUUAUCACUACCGUAUUUGGAGGGCGCAACGCCAGAGUGGCUGCGGCUUUCGUGCGCAACAGAGGCAAGGACUGGGAUCAGCUGGAGAAGGAAAUGCUCAACGGCCAAAAGCUGCAAGGGCCGGCUACGCUCGAACUGGUGGCUGAGGUGAUACGUGCAAACGAAGUUGAGCAUCUUUUCCCGUUGUUCAUGUCGACGUACGCGGUAGCAUUUGAAAAUGCCGAGCCGGAGGCAAUCCUCGACGUUUUCCGCACCAAUCGGCCGCGUAGCAUUCAGCGGAGUGAAGAUUGCGUGAAGCUGAAAGUUCCCUCGCUCGUGAAAGAUGCAAGGACACGAAUUGCGUCCCGCAUGAAGAAGCUUGGGAGAAGCAUCAGUGAACUGACAAGGAACCCACCAGACACCCCCGACAGCGCCUCAGAAGAAAGCAACCACAAGGCAGAGAAUAAUUGCGCCAAGCUGUAA